AUGGAUCAAUCACAAUUCCGAGCUGCAGCUCACUCUGCCAUAGAUGACAUCAUCAACCACUUCGAUUCCAUGCCCGAACAAAGAGUUCUCCCGACCGUGGAGCCAGGCUAUCUGCGUUCGUUGGUACCAGAGAAUCCUCCCAAUGAGCCUGAAGAAUGGGCGACUAUCCAGAAGGAUAUCGAUUCGAAGAUUAAGCCAGGUUUGACGCAUUGGCAGUCCCCAAAUUUCAUGGCGUAUUUCCCAGCCGGUGUGACGUACCCCAGUAUCCUGGGCGAGAUGUACUCGGCAACAUUCAAUGCUCCCGCUUUCAACUGGCUUUGCUCUCCAGCAUGCACAGAACUAGAAACCAUCGUCAUGGACUGGAUGGCCAAGGCUCUAGGAAUGCCAGAUUGCUUCUUGAGCUCUUCAAAGGGAGGCGGUGUCAUCCAGAACAGUGCCAGUGAUGCGAUUGCUACUGUCAUCACCGCUGCUCGCGAGCGAAGAGCGCGGGAACUGGCAUUGGCGGAUGGGAUGAAGGAGGGCACUCCCGAGUACGAAGACCGGAAAAUCGAGCACCAGGGAAAAUUUGUGGCGAUCGCCAGCGACCAAACGCACAGCAGUGCUGCCAAAGGUGCUCUAAUUGCCGGUACUCGUUUCCGUGCCGUCCAGACUCAGCUAGCAGAUAACAUGGAGAUGACUGCUCCCCGUCUGCGAAAGGUAUUGGAAAAGUGCGAGAAGGACGGUCUAAUUCCUUACCAUCUGACUAUGACCCUCGGGACUACCAACUCCUGCAGCAUGGAUCGGUAUGCUGAGAUCACGGCUCUCUUGCGAGAGAAACCGGAGUGGCAACGGAUUUGGGUUCACGUCGAUGGUGCUUAUGCCGGUGCAUCUCUCAUCACAGAAGAAUGCCAGUAUAUUGCGAAGGAUUUCGGGGAGGGUGUUGAUAGUUUCAACAUGAACAUGCACAAGUGGCUGCUGGUUAACUUUGAUGCAAGCGUUCUCUUCAUCCGAAACCGCGUCGAUCUUACCAAUGCAUUUGACAUGACGCCCACUUAUCUUCGCAAUGCAUACUCUGAUUCGGGCACCGUGGUUGAUUACCGUAAUUGGUCUUUCUCUCUCGGCCGCCGGUUCCGAGCCCUCAAGAUUUGGUUUGUUAUGCGCAGCUACGGCCUGAACGGCAUGAAGGCCUAUAUUCGCAAGACCAUGGGUCUCGGUGAUAUAUUCGCGGACCUUGUUCGGGGUCGACCGGAUUUGUUUGAGAUUGUCACUAAGCCAGCAUUUUGCUUGACUGUCUUCCGAGUGAAGAACCCGCAGGUGCCAGUUCAUGGUGUCAAUGGAUCAGCCGGCACAGCUUCUGUGAGUAAACGAGAUGAAACCUCCGACUCUCUGACGAAGAAGGUGUAUGAACUGGUCAACUCCCGUGGUGAGAUCUUCAUCACUUCUACUGUCAUUGAUGGGGUCUAUGUUAUUCGGGUUGUGAGCUCCAACCCUAUGGCCGAGGAAAAGUAUGUUCGAAACGCCUUUGACAUCAUGGUCCGUACCGCCGAGGAGGUGCGGCAGCAGCAGGAUUAG